UUUAGUAAAUUUCUUCAUUUGGCUUCAUACAGAAUGCGAUUUGCAUAUAUUACCUUAGUGUUGCUGGUUUCUCUGUUCGCUGUAGCAAAAAAUGUUAAUGGAGAACAAAAUGGUAAUAGUGCAGUUCAGCAGAAAACUUUAUUGCAAUCAUUCUGGGAUUGGCUGAGUAGACAAACCGAAAUUAGAAAUUACGGUACUGGAAAUCAACACCCGUGAUUCAUUAUCCACUUGACAAAUAUAUAAUAAUGUCAAAUUUGGUAAAUAUUAUUUAUAUUCCAUUUGAAGCGGAAUUUUAAAAUUUUUAUGGUGAGUUAUAUUUUUAUGUUUUAGAACCAUAAAUUUUCACCAACUGACGAAAUAUUGAACAAAGUAAAACACGAAUAUUGUUCAAAUACUUAAUUAUCAACGAAUACAAUUUCAGUUUAUAUUCAAGUUAGAAUUAAGGAUGGAAUGCAUACCAGUUAGGCAGAAGAUCUAGGAAUUAUUCGAAGUUAGCAUAGGCCUGAACCUCACCUGAUUGUUGAUAAACGUGGAUAUGAGGGAAGUUUUAGCGUCAGGCAGAAUCCAUUAUACCGUUAAAUGUAACAACACCGCUAUAUAUUGUUCAUAAGCCUGAAGCCAUAUGUUACAAAUAAGAGUAGGUGAAGAAUAUUGAUAGCUCAUGCAAAAUUCAGUUUAAUUGUCAAUAUCCAAGGAAACACAUUGUAAACCCAGCAACUUUCAAACAUACAAUGUUAUAAAUGCCUCCGGACUUUAACACCACGCAUAUACAAAGGAUCAUUCUUAUAACAGUAUUGACUUCUUACUUUUUGAGUGAAACACUUGGUCUCAAAGACAUAUUUCUAUUACACUCUUCCCUCGAUUGUCACAUUCGACUUGUUUCAAGACUGGCCAUAAACUAUUAAUUCCUUCUCGAAUAAUAGUCACCAAAUCAUUUACCAAAGCACCUCCAACUCGUCAUCUACUAUUCGGAUGCCUCUUAAUGCGCAGGUGUGUGAUUUCGAUUGAGUUGCUUCUCGGCAUAUCUUUAGUCCAGUCGCAUUUUCUUCUGAUUAUUUGCUUAGCGAUAGCCUGUUUUUUGGUACUGAACUACAACUCACUGUGUAUCAUUUCUGGGCAGCCAGAACUUGUUAAGAAGAGUGUCAUGAUCUGAUGAUGAAAUAGUUCGCCUACUUAGCUUCCUCAAAAUAUUGUCAGAUAGAUUUACCAUACAGUUAAGUGUAAAAUGAGAAAAUAUAGCAGGAGAAUCAAUUUAAACAAGAUAUAUCAACAGUUAAGGAAUAGCUAACAGCAAACAUUUUUGAAUAAUAAUGGCUUUAUUCUAGACAGUAUUUACACAAUGUAUACAAUUUCCAGAGGAGUUUAUCACAUGAUAUUUUCCCUACAUACAAUAUCUUCGAGUAAAAUAUUAUUUUACAGUGGCAGAAUGGUCUCCGAGCUGAAGUGCAUCGGUGGCACAGUGGUUAGGACUC